UUGGUACUGCGCCAGACAGUUGUGAGGGGAGGAAAGCGGUUUUACUUAGAUUGAACAUUUGCAGAGGACCAACAAUGCCCUGGAAACUCAAAUUCAGCAUCUGUUGGAAAGUAAAGAGGAUGUGACCGGCAAGAACGAGCGAUUGUGCAAAGAGCUGACAGAGAUUGACAAAUUAGCUGAACAACUUGAAAAGGACAGACACGGUUGUAAUCACUGCAGAUAAGGAAAUUGAAGAGACAAAGAAAAAAGAGUUCAUAUUAGAAGCUGAAAGGGCAGCAGGACUCCUAAAGAGGAAGGACAACUCUCCGACUGGACUCCUAUGUAAAGACUUUGGACGAAGACCGGGAUCACUACAAAAAACCUGAGAGAUGCUAAAAGGAAGAAAUUCAAGUCCAAUGCGCAGCAAAUCCCGAGGUCGUAGUCCAUCAAGGUCCAUCCCAGUUAAGGGAGGGACCUAUGAUUCGGAGGUGAUGCGGAUUAUGCAUGAGCGUGAUGAGUUCAAAGCCAUGCUGGAAAAGUAUGAGCGUCACAUGGCUGAAAUUCAAGGCAACAUUAAAGUGUUAACAGCAGACAGAGACCAGACUAACAUUCUACAUGAACAGGCCCAAGAAGAGAUAACAAGGCUUCGGAGAGAGAUAAUCAAGUCCACAAAAACUCCUAAAUCAAGCCUUGCAGCACACUCCAUUCUCAGACGUGUGGAGGCUGAAAGGGACCAGGCAACUGCUGACCUGCGGAGGAUGACCACUGAGCGGGACAGUCUGAGGGAGAGGUUACAGAUAUCCCACGAGACUGCUAUCAGUGAGAAGGCUCAUCUGGAACAAAGAACAGAAGAUUUGCAGUCAGAAAUAAUCUUGCUUGACAGUGAGCGUCAGGAGUACAGAUCCAGGCAGUCCAUGAUGAAGGAAGCACUGCUGUCUCUUGAAGAGGAGGUCAAACUGAUGACUCGCAAGGCAGCAGACACCGAGGUUCACCUAGACAGGACUGGAACAGAAUGCAGCAUUUUAAGAGCAACAAAUAAGCAAAUGGAGCAGACCCUAAAUGAGAACCAGCUUCGACUUUCAGUGAAGAUCAAUGAACUGGAGGUUUCUCAGGAGAAACUCAAACGAAUGGAGGAAAAAAAUGAUUUACAAGCAAUGCAGAUUGCUUCGCUUCGAGAAGAGAUCCUCAAUCUCCAGAGUAUUAUUACCUCACUAGACCAGGAUAAGGACUCCUUACAGGAAACUGUGGAUACGAAGACUGAUCUGAUCUCUGCCUGUCAGAGUGAGAUAGAGGAGAAGGAAAAUUUCAUCAAGGAUUUGAAAAUUUCUAUUGAGAAAAUGGAGACUACAACAAAGGAGUUGAAUGAGACUGUCAGCAGUCGGGAGAGAGAGAUUUGCAGUGUGCGCUGGGAGCUUGACUCUGUGAAUGAAGAACUUGCUAAGACAGGCAGAGCCAAAGAGGCUGCUGGGCGAGAGUGCAGCCAGCUCCAAGAUGCCCUUUCCAAGGCCAGGCUUGAAAACCAGUCACUGCUCCGCAAGUUGGAUGAUUCUGGACAAGUAGUUAACAACCUGAAGCUGAAAGUUCAGGAUUACAUGAACGAUGUUGCACGAGUAGAAAAUCAGCUUGCAUCUAAGGAUAAGGAGAACAGUGAGCUCCUGGAUAACUACUGUCUAACCGUGUCUCAGUCUGAGAGCUGGGAGAGCAAGGCACACAAGAUGGAAGGGGAGGUCAGCUCUGUGAGGCUGGAGCUUCUUACCAGCGAGUCUGAGAGGCGCAGAUUGACGGAAAACAUUGACACCCUGGAGAGAGAUCUUGAUGAAUCCUUGGUGGCAGAGCAUACCUGUAAAAAUCAGAUUUCCCAGCUGAACAAGAGCAUAAUGAGGCUAGAAGAUGAGCUGAGACAGACGCAGUCACAAAAAGCGUCUGUCUUCUCAGAUCUGGAGUCCACAAGGGAACUUUGUAUCAAACUGGACACCAGCAAGGAGAUGACAAGCAGACAGCUUAGCUCCAAGAACCUGGAGAUGGAACAAGUGCUGAAUGAGCUGGAAUCCAAUCGCUCAGAAAUCGAGCUCCUCAAGAAGCAGCUGGCAAGUGAGAGGAUUUCCUUGAAUAACCUGGAGAGCCUGCUGGUAACCAACAGAGAGAAGGAAUAUCACAGCCAGAUGACCACUCAAGAGAAGCUGUCUGAGAUCGAGCUGCUGCGAGACAAACUCGCGUUGGCCGACAGCAAGAUAUUAAAUCAAAGUCGUGAGGUUGCUCAGGUCAGAAGCAAAUCCGCACAGUUGGAAGCAGAACUGGAAUUGACUAAUCAGCAAUUAUCAACUGAGCGGUUUGAAAGGCAACGGGCUGUGAACGAGCUUCGUCGCCGAGGCCUGUCUGCCUCACUAAGCUCCACCUCUCCACCGAGAAGGUCCCUCAGCCCCAGAGCCGCCUACUUGCCUGAACGUUCCUUCCUGCGAUCCCCAGAACGCUCACUGGACAGGUCAUUCGACAGUGAGAACCAUAUUGUGGCUACAGGGCUAAUGGACUCUAAAAUGGAGGAAGCUGAAGGAUGCAGUGAAGAUAUUACAGGAAAGAAGAAGUCGAAGUUCAAAGCCUUUAAAAUCCGUCUGUUUGGUAAACGAAAGAGGAAGGAGGGCGCUGCUUCUGCUUCGAAGGGUGGGCUGAAGCAGAGCCAGUCAGCUAGUGAUGUCAUGGCUCCAGAGUCCAUGGCAGUCAUUUCUGACUCUGAAGAUGAACUUGGGUGUCCCAAAGGUGUUCUGGGUUCAAGAGCUUUGUCCCAUGACAGUAUCUUCAUUCCUGAGGCCACGCCCGAGUCCUCCAUACCAGCACAUGUGUUAUCCCAGGAAAAUGUGUCUGGGAAGAUAAAAGCUUUACAGUUAAAGCUGCAGCAGAACAUCAGACUUGGCCCACCUCCGUUGGUGAUCCCUGGCAAAAGGACUGAGGACACAGGCGCCAGCUCCGAAGAUGAUGGUCUGCCCAGGAGCCCUCCAGAAAUAUCUCCACUACACGAAAGCCUGGUGCGUGGCAGCGCUGCACAGUUCAAUGACACUUACAGACAUCUUAGCUCUUUGAGUUUAGCUGGGACAGGCAGUGAAGACGAAGAGCAGGUCUCUUCGCAACCAUCAUCCAGAGCUCUCUCUCCAGUCGCUAAAACCAACUACAGGACCUCGAGCCCUCUGUCACCCACUGUUCAGACCUCCAAUAGAUGCACCUCCCCUAUUGUGGACUUCAGCUCUCCUCCCGAGUUCUCCGCGUGUUUGGACAAUUCUGCUGCCAAACACCGUCUUUCAGUAAAACCAAGAAACCAGAGAGCUGGGGCCAAAGGGAGAAGACACCCCUCUAAUGUACACAGACCCCGUUGUGAGAGCCUGAAUGAGUUGGACUAUACCCUGUUAGAAAAAGAAGAGGAAGAAGAAAAUGAGCCCCAAGAAAUAAUAAGAUGCUCUUCCUAUUCUAGCCAAGUGCCUAGGACAGGGAUUUUGACUGCUCUGCUCAAUAAAAAGCCCACAGUGGUCAAGGCUUCUGACACUCUAAUGGAACAGCAGACUGCGAAGAGUACAGAUCCAACAGAAAAGGAGAGUGCCCUUUGCUUGCUGCGUAAUUCUUCAAGUUCUUACAAUACCCAGGGCUCUACCUUUAGCAAGGCUUUAUCCCCAGACACACAGGAUUCCAGUACAACACGGGAAUUAAAUCCUGUGACUGUGCAUGCUAAAGUUGAAACAAACUUCUUAAAACUUGAGACAGAUAAAACAGUACCGGUAAAACCUGUAAGCAUACGAAAAACACAGAGUAAGGAUUUGAUUAAAGAGAUCUUAAAUACAGGUGCCGGUGCACGUACUGCUACAUUACAAGUAAGAGAGGACACUGAGAAUUUCCAAAUGCUAGAUACGAAUAUUGGUGAUAGCACCUUAAGAGAUGUUCCCAAAUCAGAAGCAAGUAGCAUUUUGUGUUUUGUGAACAUCAGAGAAAGUAUAAGCAGGUACACACAAGAUCUGUACAAGGUGGCACAAUCUGAAACCCGCACUAAGGAGCUGCCUUCAGCUUCCUCAAGGACAGUUAAUAGCCUGCAUUCAAAAGACUCAAUGGAAAACUCAAAAUUAUCUCCCCUGAAAACUAAAUCAAUGCAUGAGGAAUUGCCACAGAACAAGCAAUCUUCAGAACCUGCUAAAAAACCUAUUGAUAGUAUUCCAACUGCUGAAAAAGAAGAACAAGUCAUUACAGUACCUGCCGAUGUAGGUAGGGGGGCUGAUGUCAAACCCCUAUCUCAGCAGUCAUCAUUUAAGAAAAUGAAUGCCGGGUCGUUCCAGUUUUCUAUUUUGUCCGCCUGGGAUCGUCCAAGAAUGGGCAGCUUCACAGGGACAGAGCAAAUGGAGAUUAAGAAGGAUAAUUAUUUUCAGGGGAGUACAUCUUUCCAUCCCAAACCCAAUCCUGUUGUCGGGAUGGAGAAGGAAGAGACACCUCCCAAAGUAGCAAAGGAGUCUUGUGAAAUCACUAGCAAAAAGCCUGCUGACUCUGUCGUUGCUGCAGUGGGGAAAGACAGCCAAGGAGAGGAUAACGAAGAGAAGUCUCCCUUUGGCAUUAAACUUCGUUCUACUUCGUUAUCCCUGAGAUACAGAGAGGGAUCUUAUCCCGACUUCAAUGUGAAACGUCACAGUGCGGAGGUAUCCACACUCAUGGACACAGGUGACUUCAUCGGGCUCCCUAAUGGUGGGAAAACAGAUGACCCAAAGCCAUCAGAUGUCCUUGGUAGCCCUUUUAAAGACAAUGGGAAAAUCAAGGCCAAAUCCUCUGAGCAGCUCAAUGUAAAACCCCCCUUACUGAGGAAACCUGGCACGACAGAUGUGUCUUCAGUUGGGACCAAGAGUGAAAAUACAGAAGGGGAAAGGUUGAGUUUUCAUAAAAACAGCGAAAAAGGAACUCCUACAAAGAGCAUGUCAGAGGUGACUAAAGAAACUGCAGCUGUUGCCAAGCCUGCAUGGAUUAACAUGGCCAGACUGAAACAAAGAGGAUACCAAGAGCAGCAUAAUAGUACGAGCAAAGAAGAAAAAUAUCUGAUCCCAGAAGUGAAGACUGACAAAGUAAAACAAGGAGAGGCAAAGCAAGAAACAUUAAGGCCUCAAUCUGAAGUCUGGGUCGACAGAGUUCCUUCUCCCACCCAGCGGACAGCCGCACUGGAUCACAGGCAGGACGUCAAGAUGGAGUGGAAACAACCUCAGCCCACUCAAACCACUGCACUACCCACACCAGAAGGGGUUCCAUCAACAAUCAUACUAAUAAGCACGGAGAAAGAAGAAAAACCCCAACUGAGCAAGGACCUGCCAGUGCCUACUGCUGGAGCUUGUCAGCCACCAUGGAUGGAGCUUGCGAAGAAGAAGUCCCAGGCAUGGAAUGACAUCUCUAUGGAUUAAUAGAUCUGCAUCCCCAGAAUUGUACCACCUAUUAUAUAUGGCACACUGCUGUAUCACAAACAUUUCAUUGGUGAACAGUUUAAUGUCAUUAGCAUGUGAAGAACUGAUUCCAUUUAAUGAACUGCUUCUUAGAGGGUGAAGUGCAAUAGUUUUGCUGUAUGUUAACCAUUUUUUAAAUGUUCCCUAAAAAGAUGAAAACAAAGUAGGCCUCGUUCUUAAUGACACUCCUAAAACUGGUUUUAUUAUUACACUUUGAUUUCUUUUUUUUUUCAUAAUUUAAUUUGAGUAUUGUAAGUUAGUGGUCUAAAAUUUAAUGAAACCUCACACAAUUGUAGAUGAAGAAAUAUUUCAAUCAGGAUUGUAUAUUAUAGUAGAAAUUAAAACAAAUAAAAUUGCUUCUUUAUGAGGGACAUUUGUUUAUAACACUGCCUUUAUUAGUAUCUCCGAUAGUUGUAACACUUGCAGUUGCAUCAUCUUUUCCUUGUAAAAUAGUUCCUGUAGUCACAUAUAAAUUAGGGAAACUUUAGGACAAGUAAACGUGUUUGUCAUUAUUUUCAAGAGCAACGUCAAAUUACAUUUUUUAAACUUUCUUUUACCUUUUUAUGAGUAGUGCAGAGAGACAUUACAGUGUUUUGAACUUUUUUUAAACCCCUACAACUUAUCAAAGAGCCUGUAAUUUCUCUUGCAAUCAGAUUAUGCCAGUUAUUGCAGUAUCUGAUCUUACAAGUACAAUGUACACUAAAUUAGAUUGUGUAAACAUAGUGUUAUGAUAGCACAAAUUAAAUGGACAUGUCUGAGUAUUCUCAAAUAAGCCCACUGUAAAAAAUACAGUCCUAAUGGACACUAAUGCUAGCCAUACAGAUUCACUAAACAGAUUGAGGAAGUGCAAGGGAAAUGUAAAGUUCGAACUUAAAAGUUUCUGGUAUUUUCAAAAUAUUUUAAAGCACUGCCGCAGGUCAUAGGAAUAAAAUCAAUACAGCUUGAUCAGAUUGCAAAUAUCGUACAAAAGCUGUAUUAACUUUUCCAGAGCCAAGGUCUCUUGGUAAAUAAUUUACAUGUAAUAAAUAACACAGUCAUUUUUAGAGAAAUUUAAAGUUGCACGACAGCCCCCCUGCCGGUCAGUAAUGUGGAGAGGUUACUUGGAUGUACCAGGGAGGGACAAGCCUAACCGGUCAAGGCUUUGCUAGCAUUUCAAUGUAUAUAUUGUUUGAAAAUCCAAAUACAGGUACAUACUCCAAAAUGUCCUUCUUUCAGAUGUGGGAAUUCUAGACUGAAUUCAUUGAUCUGGUAAAGAUAAUGAAAUAGCUAGGACAUCAAUAUUGUAUCUUAUAUCCAAGCAUUAGGGGAGUCAAGUUACAAUGAUAUACCUCUCACACAGCACAGGUUGCAAGUUCAAAAUACUUUAUAAUCUCAUACGCACACCUUUGCACCAUAGCAUAACAUAAAGGGCUGUGUAUACAUUUUAAAAUAUAGUAAAAACUUAAAGACUUAACAUAUUUUAGGGGAUUUUUUUUUAUUACUUUUGAGGUUUAGGGUCAUCAUAUACUGGCCAGUAAAACUACUGAUUAAUGAUUGGGUUAAGUUAUGUUUUUGGGGAUUGGAAUAGUAUAGUGAAAUAAUACAUAAUACUUGGUAAUAUAUUAUAACAAUUGUUAUUACUAGUAAUUGUAACCCAGUUAACAUUUUAAGUGUUAUGUAUUUGUAAAAUGUGUUUUGCCACAAACAUGAUUAUAAACAGUUUAGAGAUAUCCGCUAUCUAUUUAAAAAAAAAAAAAAAAACUAUUAAUGGGUCAACAUCUUUACUUAAGGAGUUAGAAUGCUGAAAGAGUUCAUGACAGUUCCUUGUUUUUUUUUGUUUGUCAGGUAAGCAGUCUACUUUUCUUACCACAAAUGCCUCACAAUUUUACCGUCUCCUCCUACACCUUUUGUAAUGUGGGGAUGUUACUUUAAAAAUUAAACACUGAAUGUUCUAAACAUGACAACAAUAAUACAUAUAAAUAACUGUUUUCACAUCUCAUUAGCAGUCAUGUUUUAUUAUUCAACAAAAAAUUCUCAGACAUAUUUUCUGUAACAUAAUAUAUUUUCAGAUUCAUCUCCACUAUGUAAUUAAAUGUAUACUAUAUAUUAUACACAUAUAUAAUAUCUUAUUAUGUGUAUUCUGUUUAGUUUACUGUUGUUUUAGAUCAUCAUCAAAGUUCUGAAAAGACAGUUGGGGAUACAGAUCAGUGUUGUACAAGCUUCAGUGCUCAGUGUUCACCCAAGUGCUUUACAAGAACACUAGCUUGCUUUCCCACCUCAUAUCAGAAAAUCAGCCUUGAGGAUUCUUAAUAUGACAUGAAGAAAUGUUUGAAAACAUAGAUGGAUACAAGAUCUUCAUGUUUAAUGAAAUAUUCCUUUUAAUGAAAGGCUGUCCAAACUAAGAGCUGAGAAAACAACUUUACCUAACAGGGUUUUGAGUGUACUGGGCUCUCUCUUGUCAACCCCACGGAACUGUGAAUAGGAGGAUUUUGUUAAAGAAAAGUGGAAGUGGUUGUCACAAGAAAGGGGUUUACGAUUCCUAAUGCAACAACAAGUGUUAGUACAGCGCAUGCAGUAUAUUGAAAUGUAGUUCAGUUUAAAAUGUCUUCCUUCGGCCUCAGUGGAAGCUUUGCAUUUACGAUUUCAGUUCCCUCUGUCUCUGGAAACACGGCCUGGACAUUCCUGAGGACUAUGCAAACUCUCAAAGUCUGUCAGACAAGUUGUCUAUAUAUAUAUAUAUAUAUAUAUAUAUAUAUAUAUAUAUAUAUAUAUAUAUAUAUAUAUAUAUAUAUAUAUAUAUAUAUAUAUAUAUAUUGCAGAAUACAUUAUACAAUUAUAUUAACAAUUUAAUCAGUUGAGUUGCAUGAGUCAUGUCAAAGUGUGUUCUGCAUAUACUGAAGUUGUUUCUAUCUUUCUGUGCCCUGUAUAUUUUAAUUUACAAUAUACACUACCAAAUAAACCACAUGUGCAGUUUAUAGUUGAUGAAACCAUCUGUUUAAAAUGAAACUGAAUGAAAAGAACUGUAGAUAGUUAUACCAUUUUUUUAAUUAUUAUUUUUACUAUCAAGUCUCACCAGAUCAAAUAAACUUACAAUCACUUACUUCAAUGUUACAUGUACUUAUAUAUGACAAACUAUAUAUAUGUGUAUUCUAAUGAUAUCAUGUCCUUAAUUCCAGUGUAAUUCUUAUAUGCAAAGGACAUAUCAAAGCUGUAGCUCACAUGAUUCAUUGUAAACAAAUGCUUACUGUACCUUACAUGAAUUAAAUUACAUAUGCAUUUUA